UAACUGUUGAUUCUUAACAGACACUCCGAGCGACGUAUACGUUGUUGUUUUGUGGUAGAUAACUAAUAAUAAAGAUUUACUAAUAAAAGUUUGGCUGUUCUUAAAAUAAUGACUUCAUAUACAGACAAAGGGAGGAAGCCAGAGAAUGGAAAGUUUCUAUCAUUCGAUCAUUUGACCUUCUGGGUAUCAAACGCGAAACAGGCAGCCAGUUACUAUGUCACGCGUUUUGGUUUCGAGUGUCUCGCAUACAGUGGCCUCGAGACGGGCUCCAGAAAAAUUGUAUCCCACGCCGUUAGAAUGAAUAAGAUAAUAUUCGUGUUCCAAGCACAAUACGAACCUGAAGAGACGGAGUUCUCGAAUGAGGUGGCGUACCACGGGGACUUCGUGAAGGAUGUAGCAUUCCAGGUGGAGAACCUGGACUACAUCGUGGAGUACGCGAGGAAACAAGGCGCCGAGAUCUUAAGGGACAUUUGGGAAGAAAGUGACCAGUACGGUACUGUGAGGAGGGCAAUUUUAAAAACGUAUGGUGACAACACCCACACAUUGGUCGAUAGAACGAAGUACAGAGGUCCGUUUUUACCUGGUUAUGUUGCUUUACCUCCUGAUCCGAUACAUAAAUUCUUGCCAAAAGUAGAAAUCAACUUUAUCGACCACGUGGUUGGGAACCAACCAGAUAACGAGAUGGAAACGGCUGCGUCUUGGUACGAAAGAUGUCUACAAUUUCACAGAUUUUGGUCAGUCGACGAUAAGCAAGUCUGCACUGAGUAUUCAGCACUGCGGUCAGUCGUGAUGGCAAAUUGGGAGGAAAACGUGAAGAUGCCUAUUAAUGAACCGGCCAUCGGCAAAAAGAAGAGCCAGAUCCAAGAGUAUGUGGAAUAUCACGGCGGAGCCGGGGUGCAGCACAUAGCUAUCAACACCGAGGACAUUGUAUCCACUAUUGAAAAACUACGUGCGCGUGGCGUUGAAUUCCUCAGCAUACCUUCAAAAUAUUACAAGCUCAUCCGGGAAAACUUGUCUCGCAGCAAAGUGAGGGUUGCAGAGAGUAUUGAUAUACUGGAACGUCUGAAUAUCCUCAUAGACUAUGAUGAUGAGGGGUACCUGCUCCAGAUAUUCACGAAGAACACACAGGACCGACCCACACUAUUUUUGGAGGUUAUACAGAGGCGAAAUCAUAACGGAUUCGGCGCAGGCAACUUCAAAACUUUGUUCGAAUCUAUAGAAUUGGAGCAAGACAAGCGUGGCAACUUGUAAAUAUGAGAUAUUUUAAUUACAUACUAGGUAAUAUUAAACAAAAGCAGAGCUAAUAAUAAACCUGAUUUAAUAUUAAUUGACGCUUACAUUAAAUCUAGAUUUAUUUUACGAAAAAUACCUUAUAAUACAAUUUAUAUAUUUUUUUAUUUUUAUAUAAAUUAAUAAUAAAAUUAUUACCUAUAUAACUUUUAUUAAAGAUAUAUUAAUUUCUAACCUCAGAAGUCGAGGACAUCAUAAUCAAUAUGUACAAAAUAUGUGAAAUAUAAAUUAUAAAAUAUAUUUUAUUUAUUUUUAUUAUUAAAUCAAACUACAUAGGCAUGUACUUAGUUGUCAAACAUUGUUAGAAAUGUUUUCUAUAGUUACAAAAAAUAAUUAAAUAUAAGUAAAAAAAUGUGUUUGAUAUAUGUACCAACUUUCUAUAAAACUUAUUACA